AUUAUUUUCUCGGGAUAUUCUUUAUUUCCGGUUAACUGAAGUCCAGUGACAGAGAUAAGACGACCCUUUAUUUUAUUAAAGUGGUAAAGUUACCGGAGACAUGAAUAACUCGUUGACACCAAAUUUUUUACCCAUCAAAGACAUUACACGGUUUGACAUACUGCAGCAACACUGUAGAGUUUGCAUAUUUUGAUGAUUAUUUUUUGUCACAGAAACGUGCAAGUAAUUAAUUUAUAAACAGAGAGGAGUAAAUAGCCGAAAGAGAGAGUUUGGCUCUGUUUGGGUGUUCUUUUCUUGAUGAAACACCGUCUAGUAAUUGGGUGAUGAGGUGUUUGAACUGAAACAAGCAACUAAUGGCACCACAUGUUGACAGACUUGUUAUAGAGUCCAAAUUGGACUCUUCUUAUUAUAACUCUCUCCUGUCUCUGUCUCUCUAUAACUCUCUGCAAUAUAUAUCUCUUCGUGGGAUAAGCAUGUGCAGAUGGCAGAUUUAUGGUUUUAGAAUCAGAUUCAUGAUCAAGGGUCCCUCCUUUUACUGCAAACGACAAUAAAACAUUCACCUUCUUGGAACCAUCCUCUGUCUCACUCCCAUCUCUCUCUAUUUCUCAAUUGAGUUUUCAGUUAAAUUUGCUAAUAUAGUCUGGUUUAUUUUUGUUCAGAAGAAGAAGUGCUUAAGAGGAUCUUGAGACGGUGGUGGUGGGCAGUGGUUCUAUUCUUGGGAAGAAGCUAAGUGAUUAGGUAGCUUUGCCAUGGCAACGAAAGGAUUUGUAGUGUAUCUUCUCACAUGUUUCUCUAUUGCUAUUCUAUCGACUUUCUUCAUUAGCUCACCAUCAUUCAAUAACCAUGUUCUUCAACUUCUUAAUCAAGAAGAACCUCAUAUUGUGUUAUCUACUUUUAAAUACUCGAACCUAACGUAUUCGAGUAAUGGGUCUUACUCGGCUCAAGAGAAUGGACGGGAUAUCAAGGUUUGGCCGCCGCUUGAAUUCAAUUGGAGAAGUGUAUUGGCAACUAUAAUUGGAUUUCUUGGUUCUGGUUUUGGGACCGUAGGUGGUGUUGGAGGUGGUGGGAUUUUUGUUCCUAUGCUGAAUUUGAUUGUUGGAUUCGAUACCAAGUCUGCCGCUGCUCUUUCGAAAUGUAUGAUUAUGGGUGCAUCAUGCUCAUCAGUUUGGUAUAAUCUAAGAGUACCUCAUCCAACAAAAGACGUUCCAAUUAUCGAUUACGAUCUUGCUCUUGUUUUCCAACCGAUGCUUAUGCUUGGAAUCACACUUGGUGUUGCACUAAGUGUUGUUUUUCCUUACUGGCUCAUCACCAUUCUCAUUAUCAUUCUUUUCUUGGGGACAUCAUCAAGGUCAUUCUUCAAAGGAAUUGAAAUGUGGAAACAAGAAACAAUCUUCAAUUCAGAAGAAGAGAAGAAGCAGAAUGCUAAUCCGUUGCAUAACUCCAAUGGCGAACUUCUGAUCGACACAGAAUAUGAACCACUGGUUCCUAGAGAAGAGAAAUCCAAACUACAAAUUUUACUGUUCAAUCUUAGAUGGAAAAGAACCCUGGCAUUGGCGAUUGUCUGGGUUGCAUUUUUGCUCUGUCAAAUGAUAAAGAACGAAACAGAGGUUUGCAGUGCAUGGUAUUGGACACUAAACCUUCUACAAUUUCCUGUGGCUCUCAGUGUGUUUGGAUAUGGAGCAGCAAGAUUGUAUAGAGAGAGUAAGAGGAGAAGAGCAUGUGGUAACAGUGAACCAGUUUGUGAAGCUAAUAUUCAAUGGACUGCACUUCAGAUUGCUUUUUGUGCACUCUGUGGGAUUUUAGGAGGUACAGUUGGUGGACUUUUAGGGUCAGGUGGUGGUUUCAUUCUAGGCCCUCUUCUUCUUGAACUCGCAGUCAUUCCUCAGGUGGCAAGUGCAACUGCAACUUUUGUGAUGAUGUUUUCAUCAUCCAUUUCUGUGGUAGAGUUCUACUUUCUCAAGAGGUUCCCAAUUCCAUACGCUCUAUAUCUUAUUGCAGUAUCUGUAGCCGCUGGAUUUUGGGGGCAAUGUUUCAUUAGGAAACUAAUUGCCAUACUGAAAAGAGCUUCAAUCAUUAUAUUCAUUUUGUCUGCAGUCAUCUUUGCAAGUGCUCUAACAAUGGGUGUUGUGGGGAUCCAGAAGAGCUUGAGUAUGAUACAUAAUCACGAGUACAUGGGAUUUUUGAACUUCUGUGAAAACUGAAAUCAUUCAUGGAAUUCUUCAAGGCUGAAGCUAGAGAAGACAUUAAAAUAGAUAGGUCGCGUUAUUCAAUUCCAGGGAACGCAGGACAACGAAAGGUGUUGGUCAAUACCUUAUUGACUAACCCCACGGAUACACUGCUAAGAAGGUAAUAAAAAGUUAGUAUUGAUAUUGUUGGUUAAAUGGUGAUUUUUUUGGGUGUCUGCUGAUUGAUGCAGCCUCGCCUUUAUUAUUGUUCGUCUGGAUCUUAAUUUAUUAGACUUAUACACAUUGUCCAAAAUGUAAGCAUUUUGUGUUUUUAUGAAUGAUAUAAAUACAUAUGUGGAAAAACCACCAAAAAGAAAAAAUGGUUGGAUAUAUAUGGCAAGCCUCUAUAGGCCUGGCCUUGUGUCUCUUAUGUCUCA